CUCAUUCUGCUACUAAUGUCGAUAGUGGAGCUCAUUCUGCUACUAAUGUCGACAGUGGAGGGGUUGUGAAAAAAUGGUACAAACUGAGCGAAAUACACGGCCCAGAUGCUGAAGGUGCCUUAGAUGUUGCAUUACAUUGUCGUGUGAGUAAGCUUUCCAGCAAGUUGUUAACACAUUAUGCCAAGGCUAUUCUUCUUCAAAAAACCUAA